UAAUCACUCCCCUCUACGAAGACGAAGAAAAAAAAAAGCCCAAACCCUCGGCGCGCCGAGGCGGAGAUCGCCCGUCCCCGCCGCUCGGAUCCCCGGGGCGCGCGGCUUGACCUAACCGGCGGCGCGGGGGGCGCCCCGUCGCGUGGUGGCGCGCGGCCCAAGGAGCCCUCCGCCUCAGCCUUGACACCCCGCGAGCGCGGGGGAGGGGCCUGCCGCCCCCCAAAGCCUUUUCAGCCAUGGCGGCCGCGGACGCGCGGCGCUUGGCGGUGGUGCCGCAGCUAGAUAUCGCACAGAUUCUGAAGGAGGCUCAACAGCGAUGGUUGCGUCCUGCUGAAAUUUGUGAAAUACUUAAGAACUACAGAAGUUUCCGUAUUGCACCAGAACCACCAAACAGGCCUCAAAGUGGCUCGCUUUUCCUAUUUGAUCGGAAAGUAUUGAGAUACUUCAGGAAAGAUGGCCAUAAUUGGAGGAAGAAAAAGGAUGGGAAGACUGUCAAAGAGGCCCAUGAAAGGCUGAAAUCUGGAAGUAUUGAUGUGCUUCAUUGCUACUAUGCACAUGGGGAAGAGAACGAGAAUUUCCAAAGGAGGACUUACUGGAUGUUGGAAGAGGAUUUUAUGCACAUUGUUCUUGUACAUUAUCUUGAGACCAAGGGUGGGAAAUCUCGUACUAGGGGGCAUAACGACAUGCUUCAAGCAGCUGCUAUGGAUAGUCCAUUAAGUCAAUUACCUUCCCAAACUAUAGAGGGUGAAAGCUCAGUUAGUGGGCAGUUCUCUGAAUAUGAAGAGGCGGAAUCAGCAGAUAUUUAUUCAGGAGGAGCCGGAUACAACUCUUUCACUCAGAUGCAGCACCAGCAAAAUGGAAUUGGACCUGUGAUUGAUGCUUCUAUGUUCAGUUCUCAUGUUCCUGCUUCAUCCAUAGGUAAUUAUCAGGGACAACAUGCUAUGGGAGACACAGCAAGCUUCUUUUCUAGUACCCAGCAUGAUUCACCUCUUGUCUUCCGUGAUCCAAACCUUGAACAUGCAACUAAUGGGAAUGAACUAUCAUGGAAUGGGGUUAUGAAGCCUGAUGAAGGGGCUGUUCAAAUGUCUCAUCUACAAAAUACUGUUCAACCUGAGCAAUUCACACAAGGUCCAGGGGUUGAAUACUUGACAUUUGAUGAAGUAUAUUCUGAUGGACUGAGUCUUAAGGAUAUAGGUGCUGCAGGAGCUGAUGUAGAACCAUUCUGGCAGUUCUCUGGUGCCACUGGUGAUAUAUCUGCAACACAGAAUAGCAUCCAACAAAAUGAUGGAUCUCUAGAGGCAGCUAUUGGCUACCCGUUUUUGAAGACUCAGUCAUCCAAUCUAUCUGACAUCCUGAAAGACAGCUUUAAGAAAUCUGACAGUUUUACAAGAUGGAUGAGCAAAGAGCUUCUUGAAGUUGAGGAUUCCCAAAUCCAGUCUAGCUCAGGGGCGUACUGGAACACUGAAGAGGCAGAUAGUAUUAUCGAAGCAUCAAGCCGUGAGCCACUGGAUCAGUUCACUGUGGCCCCUAUGGUUUUGCAAGAUCAGCUAUUUACUAUAGUUGAUUUUUUGCCAAGCUGGACAUAUGCAGGCUCAAAGACCAAGGUUUUAGUUACUGGUAGAUUCUUACAUGCCAAUCAAGUCACAGAGAGACACAAGUGGUCAUGCAUGUUUGGAGAAGUUGAAAUUCCAGCAGACAUUUCAGCAGAUGGGAGUCUUCGAUGUUAUUCUCCCCCACAUAAACCGGGCCGAGUUCCUUUCUAUGUCACCUGUUCCAACAGAUUAGCCUGUAGUGAAGUACGUGAGUUUGAAUUCCGACCAAGUGACUCUCAAUACAUGGACGCUCCUAGCCCGCUUGGUGCAACAAACAAAGUUUAUUUCCAGAUACGUCUUGAUAACCUAUUGUCCCUGGAACCACAUGAUUACCAAGCUACUAUAACUAACCCCAGUAAGGAGAUGAUCGAUUUGAGCAAGAAGAUAAGUUCACUGUUGGCGAACAAUGAUGAGUGGUCCAAGUUACUCAAGUUGGCUGAUGAUAACGAGCUUCUUACUGAUGAUCAGCAGGAUCAAUAUGCUGAAAAAUUGAUCAAGGAAAAACUACAUGUCUGGCUUCUCCAUAAAGUAGGCGAUGGUGGCAAAGGACCCAGUGUGUUAGAUGACGAGGGGCUGGGUGUGCUUCAUCUUGCAGCUGCCCUUGGUUAUGGUUGGGCCAUAAGACCAACUGUUACUGCUGGUGUGAACAUAAAUUUCAGAGAUUUUCAUGGAUGGACUGCACUCCAUUGGGCUGCAUUUUGUGGCAGAGAACGGACUGUUGUAGCACUUAUUGCAUUGGGAGCAGCUCCUGGAGCUUUGACAGAUCCACAUCCUAAUUACCCUGCUGAAAGCACACCGGCAGACCUUGCAUCUGCUAAUGGACAUAAGGGUAUCUCUGGUUUCCUGGCUGAAUCCUCUCUGACAAGUCAUCUUCAAGCACUCAAUCUGAAGGAAGCCAAUAUGUCUGAAAUCUCUGGUCUACCUGGUAUUGUUGAUAUCACUGAGAGAAGUGCAUCGCAACCUGCAAUUGGAGAUUCAUUAGGUGCUGUUCGAAAUGCUGCUCAAGCUGCUGCUCUGAUAUAUCAAGUUUUCAGGGUGCAAUCCUUCCAGAGGAAGCAAGCAAUUCAAUAUGAGGGUGACAAAGGUGGCAUAUCAGAUGAGCAUGCGCUUUCUCUUGUGUCUAUGAAGGCAUCUAAACCAGGCCAGCUUGAUCCGCUAAAUGCUGCUGCAUCUCGUAUUCAAAAUAAAUAUAGGGGAUGGAAGGGGAGAAAGGAAUUUCUUCUCAUCAGACAGAGAAUUGUAAAGAUCCAGGCUCAUGUGCGAGGCCACCAGGUGAGGAAGCAUUAUCGGAAAAUAGUUUGGUCUGUUGGGAUAGUGGAAAAAGUUAUAUUGCGCUGGAGGCGAAGAAGGGCUGGGUUACGUGGUUUUAGGCCCACAGAAGGUGCAAUAGAGAGCAGCAGUGGUGGAACAAGUAGCAGUUUGGUCGCUGAUAAACCUGCUGGCGAUGACUAUGAUUUCUUGCAAGAAGGACGAAAGCAAACUGAAGAAAGGCUACAGAAAGCUCUUGCCAGAGUGAAGUCCAUGGUUCAAUACCCAGAAGCAAGGGAUCAGUACCAACGGAUUUUGAACGUUGUAUCAAAAAUGCAAGAGUCGCAGAUUGUGCAAGAAAAGAUUUUAGAUGACUCAGCCGAGAUGGAUGAAGGCAAUUUCAUGAGUGAAUUCAAGGAGCUGUGGGAUGAUGAUACACCUCUACCUGAUUAUUUUUAGUGCUAUAGACUAAUUGGUGGUGUCGCUGUAAAUCUCCUCCAGUGCUGCCGUAUUGACACCUACCGAAGUUGAUAACCCAAACUCUCGACGUAGCAUCGCCAAUGAAUAUCGUGAUCUUAAAAUCUUAAAUGCUUGGAUUUGGAUUCAGUUUCGGUAUUCUUUUCUGUUAUGUUAUAGCGUUAUGUACAGUAGAACCUUGUUUACCAUUGAUGGAGCCAUGUAUAUGCAGUAUGGAUGAAUCUAAUGUAGAAAGUUGGUGGUUGUAUCAUUUGAGUUCAAAGAUGCAUGCGUGGUUAGCAA